AUGGCUGCUAAACGGCCGCCGGAUGAUCAUGGGCAAAAGCUGCCCUCUUUUGCUCAAAUUCUAAAUGGUUCUAAAACAAAUCCUAGAAACAACAUCAAUCCGGCUGAGAAGCUUGAUACCCCAAUUGACGUAGUGGAUAGAAGUCCACUUAAUCCGUCGUCGGGAAAGAGGAAAAUAACGAAAGAAAAACUGGCCACAAUUCUGGAGAAUAGCAAGGAAGGGGCAAAGUCGGAUACCCCAUGGGAUGUGCAUGAUCAAAAUCCAAAAUUGCAGACUGAGGAAAAUGGAGGUAAACAUCUCGCUGUUUACGUUCCGCAGGUCAAUCACUCAUCGCGAUUUGCGGUGCUGGAUAAUCUAUCACAGGAACAGCUAGUUGAAAAGAUUAAUAACGAUGCAGAUGAAAAGGAAGAGCAACUAGAAGGGUUUGUUGAUUCGGCGAUUGAUUCAGACUCUGAUGCGGAAGGAUUUGGUUCGGAUACUGAAACUAAUACGAAAAAUCCAAUAAGGAUAGUUAAUGAUGGAACGCAAGAUGAUGCUUCGAUUAGACUUAGCAGCAAGGAAACAGAAUUCGAAAAUGAUAGAUUUGUGGUAUCCGAUGGAGAGGAUCAUAAGAAAGCAAAGGUUGGCCGGCCCCGGGGAUCGACUAAAAAGUCGCAAUUGCGUCUCUCAGAAACUCGCAAGUCUGCGAGACUUCAUGGUGUUACACCUCCGCAAGUUUCCGAUGAAUAA